AUGGACGUGGCGAUGAAGCCCUUUUACCAGCGCUACCAGCCGACGUGGCCGGAGGCGGGCGCCCACCACCACCACCACCACCAGCCGAUCGGCGGGUACUACGAGCGUCUCGACGGCCGGCGUCCCGACGGCUGCGGAUCGAGGUCGCGCGAAGCCGAUGAUAUUUACGACGCCAGCACGUACGACAGCUUCGCCUCGUCGACCGGCGAUUUCAUCGAUCUGGGCUCGUUAACCGAGGAGGAGAAGGCCCAUUACGGCAAUUUCAAUUUUUUCACGUUGAAACGCGGCGAGUUCGACGACGAUAACGAACUGCCGCUGAAGAGGACGACGGUCGUCCUUAAUAGAGAUAGGAAGAGCGCCGGCGGGAGGCGGAGGGCGUCGACGAGGGAGCGCCCGACGUCGCCGAGCGUGAUGAAGAAGCGCCGGUUGGCGGCGAACGCGCGGGAGCGGCGCCGGAUGAACGGGCUGAACGAGGCGUUCGACCGGCUGCGGGAGGUGGUGCCGAGCGUCGACGCGGAGCACAAGCUGAGCAAAUUCGAGACGUUGCAGAUGGCGCAAACGUACAUAUCCGCCUUGAGGGAGCUGCUGGAGAGGAGCGGCGUCGAUAGGUAA